AAUUAUUUCUGCCAGAUAUUUUGAUUCAGACCAGGAUAUGAUUAACUUAUAAGUCGCCUACGUGGUCGAAUGUCACCUAACCGCAUUUACUACUACAGGAAACCAUAAUGUCCAGCUCAUCUUCAUCUUCUGAAAGCUCUUCUCGGGCGCACAGCCUUUCUUCAACUUCCUUGUCGUCUUCGAGCUCUAGUUCAUCCUUCUUCUACCACGGUUCUGAUGCUUCCAGCAUGUAUACAGAGGUUUCGAGCAGCCCCCCAGGUUCUCCAAAUAUGCAAACAUCGUCCCAAAAGACCAAGGAUUUCAUCGCUGUCGCAUCCGCAAGGCUAUCCAAAGCCUGUGAGCAGGUCUCACACGCACUCAGCGACGCAACUCCUAAGGACUCAAUGUUCCGUUCUCCCAUAAACCCUGCUAUUGUCGAGGAGGAUGUGGGAUAUGAGUCGGAUGGUGAUGUUCGCGGGGCGAAUAUGAAAGUUCCUCCAAGCUCUCAGAAUGCAAGACCCAAGUUCUUACGAGUGGACACAAAACAACACAAAAUAGCUGCUUCCAUCCUCCACCCGUUCAGUGUGACCACCAAAGCCAUCGCUCCUAACUCAAAUCCUACUCACAAACGCUCGCUCGCUCGUCUUGAUACUAUUUCUAACACGCGCGCUAUUCCGGAUUACGAGCUCGCAACUAUAACGCUACCGAAGCCGCCUGCUGGACUUGGCCUGACUCUACCGUCAGUGUAUCUUUCGAGGCCCAUCCCUCGUGCAUGCACAAUGCCAACUAUCAAGUCCUCCUCUGGACACAAUCUGAAUGACUCACUUCCGCAUCGCCCAUCAAACCUGCCACCGCAGACUUCCCAUCUGUAUGAGCCACCAAAGGUUCACCUUCGCCCCAUAGAGCUUCCUGGUACACCGUCCCCUAUGGAGUACCUGCCCCCCAGCAUCAUGGUGUGUGAGAGUCUGAGUGGAAAAGUUAAGCAAUCCUCGUCUGUGCUUCCUUCGUCGGUCGAAGGAUUGUCACCACUCUGGACGUUCCCUCCCCUUACAGGCUUCGCACCACUUGAAACAAUGCCUCAGAGUCCCCUGCUACUUGGCAAGGACGGUGUUGCAGGCUGGAACCCAUACUUCCCCUCCACCUAGGUAGGGCGGCGUGUCUGGGGAAGUAUACAUCCUACUAAUUUGGCUAGUUUAUCCAGCACC